GUCUUCCAGGAUUGCGCCAGCACUAUAAAAUGUUCAGGGCUCUGCUAUUCUGCCAUUGUCUCACAAGUAGGAGAGAACAGGAGAGCUGAUUGGACAACAGGUAGCAUACAUACCGGCCACAAAAUAAGACAAUGACAUCCUACACACAGAUCCUAGUGGCGCAAUUAUUGUUGGCCGGUUUACUAGUAGCCGUGGUGACUGGACAAAAUUUCCAUUAUAGUAAUGGCUGGCAACCAGGCAAAAGAGCGUCCAUGGUACCAUCUGGUACACAAAUGUGCAGCUUCAGACCUCAUAUAAAAGCCUUACUCCUUUGGAUAAUUGAAGACGAAGUGAAACGAAUUAAAUCUUGUGGUAGCUCAGGUUACGAUGACAUCAUCAACCUUUUACAGGCAAAACAGAGUGGACUUCCCGUCAUGCCAAGUGACUCGCAGUAAUAAAGAGAUUAACUGGACAAAAUGGAUACUAAAGCUUUAAAUAGGCCUUUUCGACUUACCGAAAAUCAGACAACUGAGGAGAGAAAUUGUGUUGUUCAAAUCGGGAUCGAUGACUGGUAUUUCUAAAAUAAUUUAAGCUCUUGGACGUGAAAAAUGUUAUGCACAUGCUCAACAUCCAAGGAUCAUAUUGACAUUUUCAUUUGCAGAUUUCUCUGGAAAAAAUACGCACAAACUAAGGACACGAAAAACUGUCUGCAGAGGCCGGGAAAUAUUACAUCGAAAACUGAUUGAAUAAUUAGCAUGAACUUAAUUGUUGUACAAGAACAAUAUUUAAAACAGGAGUCGGUGUGUUUAUAUGUAUCCGUUACCAUUCAUGAUAAUAAAAAUGGGGACUGAA